UCGAACAGCUUCCCGCAAACACACAUACAAACACGCAGUAAAUCCCUCAAAAACCCUAACAACUUGCAGAAGUAAAAGAAACCCACUUGAAAGCUGUUGCCAGAGAGCAAAACCCACAUUUUUUUAACGGUAAGGUUGGAUAAGGAAUGGAGAGUCAAGAGUUGAUGGAGGGUGAGAGAGUGGAAGAAGGGAAUGUGAGUGGAUUGGAUGGGGAUGAGGGGGAGCAAGCGGGGCUUGGUGAAAAUGUAGGGGAGAAUUUGGAGGAUGAGCUGUUGGUGGAUUUGGAUACUUAUUUGGAUGAUAUCGAUGACCGACUGAUGAUUUCACGGAUGGUUAGUGACUCUGUUAUUAAGGGAAUGGUGAAUGCGGUGGAGCAAGAGGCAGCUGAGAAAAUUGCGGCAAAAGAACUCAAGGUGGCCAACAUGGAGGAGAUUUUGAAAUUUCAUAAUGUGGAUUUUGACGCUAUUGAGUCUUUUGGGCCAUCCAUGAUAGAGGAUCAGCUGGAAAGUAUUCGUAGUGGGAGGGGUGUGACUUUUGAGGAGGCUUGCUCAGUGCAUGAUAAGAUGGGGGAGUCCUUGAAAGGCCUAAGUAGUAUAGUAAGAGAGCAAUUUAAGAACCUUGAGAAGGGAAUUGUUGGUGCUGGAGGCUGUAGUUCAAUUAAGAGCAUUAAUUCUGGUUCAGAGUUGGUAGGACUAGGUGGUAUUCUGUGGGAGAAGGAAUCUGAAAGCUGGGUUGAUGUAGAUAGGAUGUUAGACAGUUUGACGAUGACACUAGAAAACAUCUGUUAUCAGGCAUAUGACAUGUUAAGGUUGUCCAAGUCAACACUUAGUCAGUGGCAUUGGGAGAGAGACUUGCAAGAAGAACUUGAGAAUAUGGUCAUGCACAGUUCAAUUCAGACUAUUCAGGAAGAGUUUGAGCAAAAACUCUGGAGUGAAAGUGCUCUGUUAAGUGGCAGUCAAAGUGUUGAUUGGAUCGAAAAGUUCAGUCAAAUUUCUGAUGUACGCAAGGAGCUAGCUGCCAUGUUAAAGUCAUUGUCCCAUUCAGAAACAGAGCAACUAUCAUCCCAUGGAUCUCAUGAUGCAGAUCAUUUCCACCGCAGGGCCUUGAGCAACCACAUUAAUUCCUCAUCAUCUCUUUGGGAUGGAAAUGGAAAGUUAGAGGGUUCUACAACAGAUGUGCCCGAGAACUAUGAAGCAGUUCAACUGAAACACCUGAACAAGGAAGAACUGGUGGCUCAUUUCAAUAACAUCAUAACAAAGUUGAGGAGAGACCAUGAAUCAACUGUGCAUCAGCUGACUGAGGAUUAUUAUAGUCUAAAAAGGGAAUACCUUAAGUUAGAGGGUUCUACAACAGAUGUGCCCGAGAACUAUGAAGCAGUUCAACUGAAACACCUGAACAAGGAAGAACUGGUGGCUCAUUUCAAUAACAUCAUAACAAAGUUGAGGAGAGACCAUGAAUCAACUGUGCAUCAGCUGACUGAGGAUUAUUAUAGUCUAAAAAGGGAAUACCUUAAAGAAAGGGGUUCCUGUUUGCCACACAAGAAGGAUAAGGAAUUUGAUCUAUUAAGGAAAAGGAUCCCAGCAGUUAUUCUGAAAUUGGAUGACAUCCUUGAGGAAAAUGAAAAACCACCUGCAUCUAAUAGUAAUACUGGAAGUUUCCAUGAUUUAAAAGACAGACCUCUUGGCCUGCUCUCUGGAAAUCAUCAACUAAAAGACUCACUUAGAGACAGGAAAAAUGAGGUGAAGCUUCUGUCAUCCCAAGUUGCUGAUGCUGCUGAAAAAAGGUUGGAGCAUUCAAUAGUUGAGGCCAACUCUGCUUUGGAAGAUGCACAUAUAGAAGCUGCAGUUAUUGAAGAUAUAUAUAAAUGUGUUGUAAGUGAGAUAGCAAGAUGCAUGAAAUGUGCAACUGAAGAAUCAGACCUGAAGUAUUUAAUAACGCAGCAGGUUUAUGAUAUUGUUUUGAAGGGAGUUGUUGCCAAAGCUGAAGUUGCACCAACAUUUGAAUUUGAAGAUUCUGAAUUAGAGUCAUUAAUUGCACAAGGAAUCUUUGAUGUAUUACUUAGAGAAUCUCUUAAGAAUGCUGUUGAAGAACUCAAUACAUGGUAUGGGAAAUAUUUGACAGAAAGUCAAAGUCUAAGAUCUCUUGAGGUGAAGGCUGUGGAAAAAGAUAAUCAAUUGAAAUCAGAGGCUGAACAUCACGAAAGACUGAAGCAAGAAUUAGCAGUGUCAGUGCAAGAGAAAGAGAAGUUUGCAAUGGACAUUUCAAAAGAGAGAGAGCGGUUUGAGUUAGCUACUCUAGAGCUUAGAACAGAUGCAAGUCAGCAGAAACUACUAGUUUCUCAGAGAACUAAUGAAUUGGAAUUGGUAAGGGACCAAUUGGCAGAAGCAUCAUCACAAAUUGAAGCAGAUAAAGUGAAAAUCCAGAUAUUGAAUAAAAAACUCAAAGAAGCAUAUCAGGAUUUAGAGGAGGCUGACAACCAAAGAAAGAUGGAACUUGCUCUAAACCAAGCAAAGCAUGCAAGUUUCUUACUGAUGAAAUCUAAAGAAAGGGAACAGAUGGAAGCGGUAAUUGUUGAUGUCCAAGGGCUGUUGAAGAUGCUUGCUGAUUUUGAAUGCAAAGUAACAGGGAAAAUGAAAGCAAAUAGCCUGAGGGUCGAAGAUUCAUCUUCUCAAUUGAAUUCUCUGGUCAAGAAAGCUAACUCGCUUAAAAGGACAGGGCGCAUGUAUCAGCAGAGGCUUGAGAGGAAACGUGCACAUCUUCAAAAGGCUGAGGCUGAGGUUGAUCUUUUGGGUGAUAAGGUGGAUAAGUUUCACAACUUGCUUGAGAAGAUAUACAUAGCCCUAGAUCACUACUCUCCAGUUUUACGACAUUAUCCCGGGGUUAUGGAGACCCUUAAACUCAUUAGACGAGAAUUAACUGGAGAAUCGAUGAAGCAACGACAAUUUUCCCCAUGCUAAGGGUGUCUCCUAAAGGGUUGUAUAUUUCUUCUGGUGAGCAGAAUCAAACAUCAUUGCAUGCUGCUCCUGCUGCUGCUAGUUUUUGGGUUCGCAUGGAACCAAUUCCAAGCCAAUCAAUCCUCUUUGGCGAGAGCACAAUCUUUUUUAACCCUUACUUUUAAGGGAGGUAUUUUGCAGUUAUGAUGGUGGAACAUUAGUUAAUCAUAUUCACCAGAAUUCUGGAAAGCACCUGCAGCUGCAACAGAACGACAGAUGCCAAGAAUCCCAAGUUACACUACUGUCCAACCUGAUAUGUGGUGCAGAAAUCAAUUUUGUUGUGCAAUUAUUUAAAGGUGUAUCAUCAACUAUUGUAGCCAAAAGUUUCUUAGUUUCAAUAGCAGUCUAUAGUAGUAACAUUUCUUUUCUUUUUCCUUGACCAGUUGAUUGUAUAGCAUUUACUGUAAAUUUCUGUGAAUGAUGUAUAAAAAAAUGGUUUACUACACCGUCUACCUUGCUGGC